AUGGAGAAGUUACACGAGUCUGGACCUUCUGGAGUGGUACCAAAAAUCAUGCCACUGGAAUUAUUAAAACAAAUUACAAAUAAUUUCUCUGAAGAACAGAAACUUGGUAGUGGAACAUUUGGGAAAGUUUAUAAGAACAUGAUGAUCUUGAGCAAUUCAAGAGAGAGUUUGAAAACCUUAGGAGACUCAGACAUCAAAAUAUUGUGCAACUACUUGGCUACUGCUAUGAAAUUAAGCUGGAAUAUGUUGAGCUCAGUGAUGGAAGAACAGUUUUUGUCCAUAACAUCUAUAGAGCUCUCUGCUUUCAGUACAUGCACAAGGGAAGUCUGCGAAAGCAUCUUUCUGGUUCUUGAAAAUUGGAGAAAUAGGCUAGAGGAAACACCGAGGUGUACGUCACUAGAAGCUGAGUGUCAUCAAGUGAAGAGAGCUAUUGAAAUAGCACUAGAUUGCAUCCAAGCUGACCGAAUGAAAAGGCCUAAAAUAGGGGACAUCGUAAAUUUGCUGAAUGAAACUGAACAGGUGAUUAAGAAAAUGACACUUGGUUCUGUCUCCAAAUUAGUCAGUGAGGUAGAGUCCAUGGCUGUUUCUGUAGCACCAUCCUCGCAGCAGCUAACAACCAGCGGAGGACCAAUGGGACCAACGGAGACAAGCACCGAGAAAAGCCCCAUCAGGUCAACUGAUAGUGGCAAGCUACUAGAUGUCCACCCGCGGAAGCUCCGUUUUCCUUGGCAGCCAAACAGGCGUAUCAGAUGCCCUGUGACCAUAACCAACAGGGCAGACCAUUACAUUGGUGUCUGUAUUAAACCCUGCUGCCCAGAUACAACCCCCGACCUUCAUUUUCUAGGUUUCUGGGAUGGCAAGCGUCAGAAGGACCCAUGUUCACCCCUUUUCCGGUUGGUGGAACCGCAUUCCACUUUGGUCGUGACAAUGAUGGUGGAAGAGAAACAACUACCACCGCCUCCGCAAGAAAUAGGCAUGUACCAGGUGAUGUUGCUCGAAAUGAGAUCAGAGGAAGUACUAAAAAAUGGGAAAUCAUCCAUUGGUAGCAAUUUUAACAUCGCCAGUGAGUUUGUGAAGGGAGUGAGGAUAGGGAACAACUGGCACCUUACAGUUCUUACGGCUUCCAUUUGCGAUCCAUCAAGUUGCCAGGACGCAGUAAUCCACCAGUUGAUUCCAGAAACAUUGAAAGAUGGGUACAUGACACACAUAGAUGUACACCCUACAGAGACAUGGAUCUUGGUGGGUGACACAAAAGGAUGGGUUUCUAUUUGGAACUACCAGACAAAGGAAAGAAUAAUGGUCUUGAAGGUCACCAAAGUACAUACCAAUGACGAGUGUUGGGUUUAUUCCGCCAAAUUUAUUGCUAGGGAGCAAUGGUUUGUAACUGGGGAUGACAACGGAUGGGUCCAUGUCUACUCCUACACUACAAAGGACAAGAUGAUGGAAUUCGAAGCACACCAUGGCACAUUUCUUGAUACGAUGGCUGUUCACCCAACAGAACCGUUCUUGCUCACAUCAACUCCUAAUGUCACCUCGAUCAAGCUUUGGAACUGGAGUAAGGAGUGGAUGUGCAUCCGAACAUUUGAUGUGCCCAACAAGCAGGUGUUCCGUCUCUUGUGGAACCCAAGAGACACCAACACCUUUACUAGUGUUUCAUUGGAUAAUAAAGUUAAGGUCUGGAAUAUUGAUUCUUCAUAUCCUAUCACCACAUUACCAGUGGAGUCCAUCAGUGCUGCCUAUCUUUCCUUUGGUAGGAGUGGGAACCUCAUGGCUACUGCUUGUUAUCGGAAGGCCUUCGUAGAAGGUUCUGACUGUGCAUGGAUAUGGGAUUUGCAUGCGGAGAAACGUGUUCACAAACUUGGCGUGUGGGGGGACACCUGUUUUAUUGCUUGCCACCCAACGCUUCCAAUACUGGUCACCAUAUUAGGGCACUAUGUUGUUUGCAUAUGGGAUACCAGGACGUACAGAGAGGACCAAAAUAACAAAGAUUAUCACACUGCUUUGGGACAAGAGUUGAAUGCUGCAAUAUGGAUCUUUUCAUCUGUUGAUAUUGAGAACAAUUCUUGA